CAGUAGAGAGCAAUAGAAAACCUCGCGUCACAGCAGACCUCAUUAAUAUCCGCCUUAAUGUUUUAUGGACAGUCGGUGUCGAUCGCCCCGGCAUUGAGCCGGCGUUCAACCGAGUUUAGACUGAAACAAACAGGAUCACACACAGACCACUCUGGGACCAGAACUUCCUCUGAACUGGCUCUGACGGAUCAGACAGCCUGAAGAAUACUGGGUAAACUUUACUGUCAAUGAAAACUAUGAAAUAUUCUUUUAAAGUUGGAUUUUAAUCACUGAAACAACCGGAGAGAACAAAUCCUCCAAUAGGACCAGAAACUAGACUGGACCUAGUCCUGGACUCUGACCAAUCUCAGUUUUAACCAGGAACCAGAACCAGAAUCACUCUGUUCUUUACCAGGACCAGGAUCUCUAUAACAAGGACUUCUAUAAGAAGUGUAUAGAAGUCUGAAAGUGAAUCUUUGACCAGAACCGACAGUCAGAUCUGACCCUGGUCCUGGUCCUGAUCCAGAAUCUUCAGCGAGACUCAGAGAGACGAACAAUCAAUCAGAUCAAAUACUCCAAGUAUACAGAAAACUAUGAGCACCAGACGGGACGGAGGAGGAAGAGGAGGGAGGGAGUUCUUCGUCAGUGCUCACCGCUGCCCUGAAGUUGACCUGCUGCCUCAUCACGACUCUGAGACACAAAUCCCUCCUCCAUGUUCACUAGUUCCUGUUGAGAAGAGCUCUGAGUUCACCUAUACAGGUCAGUCUGAGGCGAAUUACCUGGACGUCUCCUCCAUCUGUCGCUCUGAGGAAGAGGAAGGGGAGGAGGAAGAGGGGAGUAUCAGCGACUGGUCGGAGGAGGAUCUUUCCCUCCACUUCUCUCCCUCUGUCAUCCUCCCAUCAGAUGAUGAAGAGUCUGAUCCAGAGAGUGGCUUCGAGUGUGUUGACAUUACCUUGGAAACGCAGGUGAAAGGUCAGGAUGGGGAGGGACUAAAGAUGGUCCCAAAACGACAGAUUCAACUGAAGAAGAAAGACGCAGAGAAAAUCAUUGACCAGGAGAAAACUGAGAAACUACAGGUGAUAACGAAGGAUGGACCUGCUGAAGGGGGAGGAGUUAACAGUGAGGUUUCAGCCAACGAGCUGCUCUGUCCCACCGUCCGUCACCGCCCUGAUCUGUUGCUACGGCAACACAGUAUGCCCACCUCCCUCCACACACGCUCAACAACCAGCAGUGAUGCCGACAGCUACAGGGUGUACAAGGGUCUGGUCGCAGCGGCCAGUCAAGGGUUUCAUGUUGAAGGAAACUUGAGGCAGCGACUGCAGAAGUCCUUCUCUUUGGACGAAACUAAAACAAAGAUGGCGUCCUGUAUCAUUAAGAAUGUUCUGUCUAAGAAGAUGCAAGUGGAGCAGAACAACUCUAAAACCUCCUACCUACAGAAGAAACCUGUGGUGUUACCUGGCCUCCCCCAGCCUGCAGAACAGCAGAGGAUGAGGGAGGGGGAAGGAGGUAAGACAGGUGGAGGUGUAUUUAAAGCCCCAGUUCAUGUGGUGAGAGACAUGAGGAGUUUAGUCAAAAACACCUACAGCCUCUCGUUCUCCACAGCUCUAACAACAACACGGAACAACAACAAGCCAACAAGUUUCAAGGUGAUUGGUCAGGAGGACAGCCCUCCACCCACCUACCAGCAGGCUGUGGGGGUCAAAAGUCACAAUGAAACAAAGAGGAGCUGUCAGGCUUCAGUUUACAGCAGCUCCACCGGAGGACACGUCGCCAAGGUUGCUGCAUCUCUCAGCCAAUCACAAGACAGCAAACAGAGCAACAUAUCCAGUUGUCCAAUCACACAGCAGAGACGAGGCAGCGAGCCAAUAAUAAGUAGAAGUAAGAUGGAUGAUGUCACCUGGCCUGAUGUGUUGUUAGACCCACCCCCCAACUCACCUGUCUGUAGUGACCCGUCAGAGCUCAGCCAAUCAGAGAGAGCCAGAGGUGUGGGUCAGCAGGCUGGGACCUCCCUUCCCCCUCUUUCCACCUCCAUCUCCAGACACCCCCAGGAGACCCAGCCUCUGCUCUCUGCCCAGGAACAGAGCGCCAUCCUGGGUGUGUCCUUUCAGUUUGUCCCCAACUCCUCCCAGCCGCUCCUCCACUCCUGCUUCUACACCCCCACCCUCCUGUCCACCUACCCCACCACCCUGUACCCUCACCUGGGUAAGGCCAGCUACGUGCACAGCCACCUAAGCUACAUUCAAACCCAGCCACAGCCCCCCCCACCUGCUCCCAACCUCCACCUGCUGAGGAGGUCUGAAGAGAACCAGAGUAGGUCAACAGGAAACACCUCCGACCAGCUGGACCACUUCAUCAAGACCUGCCCACCUCACCAGACCAGGAGCACAAUAGACCAGGGGAGUGACGGCGACAUAGUGACACCUGCAACAAAGGAGCAACAUGAGCAACAGAAACUUCAGCAGCAGCAGUUUCUUUGUAGCUUUCAGGGUUCAUUACCUGCACAAGUGGAUAAUGGCUUUGUUGUUGACGUCACAGGUUCUGCUGCAGCCCGCCUCAGUGGCCCUGCCCCCUGUCACGUGAUGUUAGACCCUAAAAUUGGGCGGUGCUUCUAUGUGGACACACCCCCACAACCUCAGAGAAAGAUGCUGCUGGAUCCAGAAACUGGUCAGUACAUCCAGGUGUUCCUACCUGCAGCCAGCUCCUCCUCCAACACCGGUGUGUUCCCAGUGUGCUGUGCAAACCCCGCCUCCAUUCUGAUAAACCCCGCCCCUUCUGCGACAAACCCCGCCCCCGCCGUGCUGUCAGCGAUGCAGUUUCAGCCAACAGUUGCCAUGUCCUCCCUGUACACCUCCCCCUGCCUCCCCUUCACCGUGCACACACCAUCAGUGAACUUCACACAUACAGCACCAUGAUGGAUGACAUCACAAUCUGUAUGAUGACAUGCCAUCUUCGUCUGCGGCCAGAAAAAUUUUAAUUCAGCAAAUAAACAGAGUCUCAUUGUAGCCGGAGUAAACUGGAGUAAACUGAACCUGAAACAUCCUCCUCUUUAAUCUCUUAUUGUAACUUUUAUUGUAAUUCUCCCCUCAGUCUGACAGUAGAAGCUCUAAUAAUAAUUGGACUCUUAUUGUGAAAGUUUCCCCAGUGAUCAUUAUAGGACUCUUAUUGUGAAAGUCUCCCCUCAGUGUUAAUAAUCGGACUCUUAUUGUGUAAAAUCUGUACUGACUGUAGUUGUAGGUUUUCAGAGUUUUGUCACAGAAAAAUCUAGUGGAAGUUAGAGGAACUGCAGCUCUGACUGCAGCUGAUUGGAAGCAUCAUCAAAACAUGUCAAUAAAAUAUAAAAUAAAACAAAUAUAAAAUAAAAUCAUCAGCUCUAUGAAAGUAGACAAAUUUGGUAGAGAACCUGCAGUAAUUAUAAUAUUAUUAGUAAAUUAACAAUCACAAAGGAAUUUUACAGUGUGUAAUUAGACUCUGCUCUGUUUAUUGUAGGUUGAUUAGCUGAAGUGCAGUUAGAUUAUUUGUUUAACUUUAUAUCAUAGUACUGGCAUUAUUUUUAUCUGUGCUUUCAAUUAGAUAAUUAAAUACUAGUAAAUAGGAAAUUAUGAUGAAACUAGAUACUGUGCUUUCAAUAAUAAUGGUUAUAAUAAACUAAAAAAAGAACCCUACUUAAUAUCAUAUUUAGUUUCCUUGAUGCAGAUGAUAUAUGAUGGAUAAAUGUUUUCCACAGGGUGCCGGAUCAUCUACAGAUAUUAUUCUUACGGUCUUUAGUUUUAAGAUAAUCGUGUGUUUUAUAGCAUUUUAUCAAAUCAACUCCUUUCCAAAUACUUUCUCAGUCAUGAUUCAGAAGUAUUAAUAAGCUAAAACAGUUGAUAUGUAUAAAAGUUGAACACAAAAGUUGAGGUUUGAUAUUUGAUAACAAAUUGUUCAGCGUCAGAGAAAAAUCUGUGGACAGGAAACUGGAUCCAAAAUAGAACCUAUCGUUACCCGACCCUCUACUCCAUGUGAGGAAGUGACAUUAUGGAAAAAAAUUAUAAAUUUACUUUAUUAAUUUACUGUCAUGUAUAUCUUUUGUCAGUUAAAAUAGUUAAGCUAACGCAACAGCUAACGCAGUAGCUAAUAUGUAGCUAACGUAGCAACUAACUAAGUCUGCUUGUCACUAUCUGUGUGUUAUUGAUUUGAUAUUGAUUCAAUUCAAUUUUAUUUAUAUAGUGCCAAUUCAUAACAGAAGUUAUCUCAUUGCACUUUUACUAUAGAGCAGGUCCAGGCCAGAGAGACGGGGGGAGUCUCCCGGCAGUCUAGGCCUAUAGCAACAAAACUAAGGGAUGUUUCAGGACUCACCUGAGCCAGCCCACUAUAAGCUGCCAAGCUAAAGUACGGUAGCUAACAAAACUGAAUAGCGUGUGGGAUUAGCACGAAAGUCGUUAAAAGAAGGAGAGAGCUAUGAGUGCUUCAGCAGAACUAGUGUACGUCUAAAUGUACAGCAGAUAGUUAGUCUCUGUAAUGAAGAAUCGAAAAUUAACUGUGACGAGCUAAAGCAGCAAAAAUAC